UCGGUUGUUUAUUUUUGUAAUUAGCAGGUCCUUCGUAUUAAUGCUGAUUUCUGUACUGUAUACGUCUUCGAUUGUUUCCACUGUACAAAUGUAGGGCCCUGUUAAUGUUUCAUCAUAUUAAGUAACCUAAUCCCCCUUGGAGAGAUACCAACAGUGCUUGGAAGUUGGAACCCCGAUGAAAAGAACGCGCGGUAGCUGCUGGCUGUAGUGGAUGUAGCGCUGGUCUUGACGGAAUAGAGAUUGGGAUAUACCUACACGUCACAUAUUCUGCUCUUUUUUUAAAUUAAGGGCAAGGGGUGCAUGGACUUCGGGGUGUGUCUUUUCCCCUCGAACUGAAACCCCCGCUUAGACAGCCAGCACGCCGUCAUCGUCAAGAACUUCUUCGAAGAGCAAGAGGCUUCCUUCCAGAGGUCCAGACUGAGACAGGAUGUCGAUCACAAACACGCCGACGAGCAACGACGCCUGUCUGAGCAUCGUGCACAGCCUGAUGUGCCACCGGCAGGGCGGCGAGAGCGAGACGUUCGCCAAGCGAGCCAUCGAGAGUCUGGUGAAGAAACUGAAGGAGAAGAAGGAUGAGCUCGACUCCCUCAUCACCGCCAUCACCACCAAUGGAGCCCACCCCAGCAAGUGCGUGACUAUCCAGCGCACGCUGGACGGCCGUCUCCAGGUAGCUGGACGGAAAGGCUUUCCUCAUGUGAUAUACGCACGGCUGUGGAGAUGGCCAGACCUCCACAAGAACGAGCUGAAGCACGUGAAAUACUGCCAGUUUGCCUUUGACCUGAAGUGUGACAGCGUCUGCGUGAACCCGUACCACUACGAACGAGUGGUGUCGCCUGGGAUAGACCUGUCUGGACUGACAUUGUCAAGUUCUGGCCCGUCUGGACUGAUGGUGAAAGACGAGUAUGAAUAUGAAGGCCAGUCUUCAUUGCCCAGUGCUGAGGGCCACAUGCAGACCAUUCAACACCCUCCCUCGAGACCUGUUGCCCAGGAGGCCUUCAGCACCCCAGCCUUGCUUCCUCCUGCCGAGGGCAGCAGCUCGGCCUCCACGUCUGCUUUCUCUAGCAUCGCCGUUGGAUCCACAACCCAGUCCAGUAGUCUCCUGUCAGGGAGCCAUAGCAGUGAGGGUCUACUACAGAUUGCUUCAGGGACAGGACAGGGCAUACAGCAGAGUGCUUUCCCUGCAGGCCAGCACUCCACAUAUCACCACAAUGCUACUUCCACUUGGACAAGGAACAGCAAUUUCACUCCCAACGUGCCUCACCAUCAGAACGGGCAUCUACAGCAUCAUCCUCCCAUGGCCCACCCAGGACACUACUGGCCUGUACACAAUGAAAUAGCUUUUCAGCCUCCCAUAUCCAAUCAUCCAGCGCCCGAGUACUGGUGCUCCAUCGCCUAUUUUGAGAUGGACGUGCAGGUGGGAGAGACAUUCAAGGUGCCCUCUAACUGCCCCAUUGUGACGGUGGAUGGAUAUGUCGACCCUUCGGGGGGGGAUCGCUUCUGCCUGGGUCAGCUUAGCAACGUCCACAGAACAGAGGCUAUUGAGAGAGCAAGACUGCACAUUGGGAAGGGAGUGCAACUGGAGUGUAAAGGAGAAGGAGACGUAUGGGUGCGUUGCCUUAGCGACCACGCCGUCUUCGUGCAAAGCUACUACUUGGACCGGGAGGCUGGCCGCGCUCCCGGCGACGCGGUGCACAAAAUCUACCCCAGCGCCUACAUCAAGGUGUUCGACCUGCGUCAGUGCCACCGACAGAUGCAGCAGCAGGCGGCCACUGCGCAGGCGGCGGCCGCGGCCCAGGCGGCAGCUGUCGCUGGGAACAUCCCGGGACCGGGCUCAGUAGGAGGAAUCGCACCUGCUAUCGGUCUGUCUGCGGCUGCCGGAAUCGGCGUGGAUGACUUACGCAGGCUCUGCAUCUUGCGCAUGAGCUUCGUGAAGGGCUGGGGGCCUGACUACCCCAGACAGAGCAUUAAGGAGACGCCCUGUUGGAUCGAGAUUCACCUGCACCGUGCCCUGCAGCUGCUGGACGAGGUGCUCCACACCAUGCCCAUAGCCGACCCACAGCCCCUGGACUGAGCCUGCCCCUGCCCCCCCCCCCCCCCCUUCAGCCCCUACCCACAAUCCCAGGGCAUCACUACGGAGCGGAGUGUCCCCCUAAGCACCGAACAGAUCACCUGAAGCCGUUGGACUGUGUGACUGAGUGCAUACAGAUGAACCCCCUCAACGUCUCGACAAAGCAAGUUCACCGCUCCA